CGGUCCACGCUCUUCCUUAAUUCAGUCCAAUGAGAGCCGUUCUUCGAUUCGUCACACCCGCUACGAAUCGCCGCCGUGCACCGUUUUCAAGUGAUUUUUCAAAAAGUUUGCCCCCUCGCAAACUCCUCUCUUUCUAUCUCUUUUAUUCUAUUUCUCUCUCUCUCUCUCUCUCUUUCUCUUUCUCUUUCUCUUUCUCUUUCUCUUUCCCUCUCUUUCUUUUUCUGUCUGUCUCUCUCUCUCUCUCUCUCUCUCUCUCUCUCUCUCUCUCUGUCUCUCUUUAACCCCAGGACAUCAACCUUAGGAUUCAAUCGACAAUAAUGAAACUCUGAUUUUCUCUCUUCCUUCUUCUUAUUCCAUUUCCUUUUCUUUUUCUUUCUUUUCUCCUUUUCUUCUCCUUCGUAAUCUCCGUUCACCAGUUGUAUUUUUUCAAUGAGCAAACAGGCAGUGUCGCAAAGCACAGCGUAUCGAGCAAAGUGUCGUAACGGUGUUACUCGAUGGGUGAGAGUUAGUUCACUUAAGAAAAACAUACCGAAAGAAGAAGAAAAAUAAGAAAAUUAUCGAAUAAGAGAGGAAUCGAAAAGAAGGGAAAAGAAAAAACAGAGAAAAAAAAGGGGGAAAAAAAAAGGAAAAAAAAAAAAGGAAAAGAAAAACGAAACUCCGAAUUUACUUUUAUAAACGAUCAAUAUCGUUCGGUCUAACGAUACUAUCAAUUCCAAUGGUUUAACCGAUAAGAAAUAUUCCAAAGGAUUUACCUGGUCCCCAGUGUCCUCCAUUGAGGAACCACUUCUUCUUCGAGUUCUUCUUAGACAUGAGUUUCAACAGUCAAGACGCCGCGGCUCACGAAGGAAAUGUCUUGUACCAGUCGCAACGCGAACCGGUUGCGCGCUCUUAAAAUAGUUUCUCACGCGUAGGUAACUGGUACGAGCGGGCUCCUGUUCGCUGGAAAUACGCCGAUAGAUGUGGAAGGUAAAUAUCGAUAUAAUCCAAAUGCGCACCGUCUCUCUACGAGAUCAGAGAACACGAUGACGUGCCGGAGCGCGCUGAUCACCGCGUUUACCAUCGGAAUUCUUCUCCUGGCGACUAGAACGGAUUACUCGGAAGCCUGCAACGAAGCGAUCUGUGCAAGCGUCGUUAGUAAGUGCAUGCUCACUCAAAGUUGUAAAUGCGACCUCGUCACCUGUGCCUGCUGCAAAGAGUGUUUCUCAUGUCUCAGCUACCUCUACGACGAGUGUUGCUCUUGCGUCGAUCUUUGCCCAAAGCCGAACAUCACGGACAACCCGUUAAGCAAAAAAUCCCACGUGGAAGAUUUCAGCGAACCGGUACCUGGUCUCUUCCAAGCUCUUACAGCAGAACCGGAUCCGCACGAACGUUGGCUCACCUUUACCUAUCCGGUGGAUUUUGAUAUGUCCUUGUUCGCGCCGAAGCAAGAAAAAGAAAUCAAAUAUCACAUGCAAACCGCGGAGGAAGAGAUGCAUCCUUUGAAGCCAAACGUGAUGACGGUGAACUGUACUGUGGCGUUCAUGGCACAGUGUAACUCUUGGAACAAGUGUCGAGCUUCCUGUCAGAGUAUGGGUGCAACCAGCUAUAGGUGGUUCCACGAUGGCUGCUGCGAGUGUAUUGGUGACACGUGCAUCAAUUACGGGAUCAAUGAAUCCAGGUGUAUUCACUGUCCAAUGGAUAAAGAGGAGGAUGACCUGAAGGAUCAAUACGAUGAUUUCGGUCAGGACGAAGAUGAAUUAACGGAGGAUGAGAUCGAUUAGAUGACGAAGGGAAAAUUGAAAAAAGGUCGUACGAACUAAGCGAAAUAUUCGCGUAAAGUGCAAUUUCAACAAAAUCCAUCAUUGUUUUCCCAAUGUGAGAUGAUUCUAAUCAACGAUAGACAAAAUUUACAAGUUGAUCCGUAACGGAGAGGAACUUUGUUGUUGUUGUUGUUGUUGUUUCUUUUUUCUUCAAUUUUUUUUUCUUUUCUUUUCUUUUCUUUUUUUUUUUUUUUUAACGGUGCAAUUAUAACAAAAAGGGCUUGUUAUAUAAGGAACACCGGGUAGAGAAUAUUUAUCCUCUAGUGUGAUCCUCUUAGCGUUUAAGAAUUUUAAAAGGACUAUCGGUUUCUUUAGAAGGGAAAAAAAUUUUUAAGAAAUAUUUAAUGAAUAUUUAAGUCAAUGCAUCGUCCAGGACUUAAAGUUCCUUUUGGAAAAACGAAUUCGACCAAAGUCGAAUUGGAUCGGUGGAAUAGGCAACACGAAGUAAUGCCUGUUCGAUAAGGAAAUAUUUUAGAGGUUCGACUCGUCUCUGUACAUGACUGCAGCGGCAUAUCAAAAAGAAUCACUUAACUCGUUUGAAACGACCUCCUUUUCUCGCGAAUAUCUAUUUAAUUUACCGACUUAUCGAAUCGUAUGUUUUAUCAAUUAUACUGUGCCAUACGAAUAAAAUUGUAAAUACGUCAAAUAUACUAUUCGGCUAAUUUAUCUAUCUA